GUUUACCUUUUUUAAUAAAACCUCAAAAAUGGCCAUACGCACUCAAUUUGAAAACUCCAGCGACAUCGGCGUCUUCACGCGGCUCACCAACUCCUACUGUCUCCUCUCCUUCGGGAGGGAGCACUUUCACUCGUUCGAACACGAACUCGCCGACCACAUCCCGCUCGUCUACACCUCCAUCGCCGGGACCCAAAUCGUCGGGCGACUCACCGUCGGCAAUAGGAGGGGCCUCCUGCUGCCCAACACCACCACCGACCAGGAGAUGAUGCAAAUCAGGAACACGCUCCCCGACUCCGUCGUCGUCCAGCGCGUGGAAGAGAGGCUCUCGGCCCUGGGAAACGUCAUCGUCACCAACGACAGCGUCGCCCUCAUUCACCCAGAACUCGACCGAGAGACCGAGGACAUCAUCGCCGACGUCCUGGGCGUCGAGGUGUUCCGACAGAUGGUGGGGGGCUGCAGUCUGGUCGGCACCUACGCGUCGAUCAACAACGCCGGUGCCCUCGUCCACAGUCGAUGCACCGUGGAAGAAAUGGACGAGCUCUCGGGAAUACUGCAAGUACCCGUCACGAACGGCACCAUCAACCGGGGGUCGGACGUCCUCGGGUCCGGCAUUGUCGUCAACGACUGGAUAGCCUUCUGCGGCAUGGACACAACCGUUCCAGAAAUCGCCAUCGUGGAGUCUAUCUUCCAACUCAGCAACGCGGAGCCCGCCGUGUCUCUCUUCAAAAACAUGCGCGGACCAAUGAUCGACUCCCUCUGAGGCGCACAGCUCCUCCCUCGCGAAACGCGUCGCGCCGACUUUUUUUUUUUGCGGCUCCCGGCGUCUUGAGACUCGGACGUCGCUUCGGGCUCUCGUUACGCGCGACGCUUCGCACGUCGGUUAAGCACUUUUUUUUUUUAAAACGGCCGGAGGACCCGCUCGGCUCCUCGGCCCAGAAAAGAAAAAGGGGGGGGGCCGCGCAGAGAACGCCCGCGACCCUGCCUCGUCGCCUGGAAAACGGCGCGCCUCGCCGAAUGAGACAAGAACGCGCGCGUAGGACUUCUACGCUCUCGGAACCUUUAUAUAUAAAGAGGUGCUUUUUUCCCUUU